GCGGUGGAGUACUACCUCAUCCCCGGCCUCUCCUGGGCUUGCGGCCUGUGAUCGACGGCCUCAUCCUUGAGGACGAUCCGCUGAGCGUGCCGCCAUGGGAGCUCCUCGAGCGGAACAGGCCCAAGGAGGAAGCUUUCUUCCUCGCGGAGGGGCAGGCGCGGUGCGGGAAGGGGACGCGGCAGAAGCGGACCUGCGCGGGAGGCGGCUGGUGGGAGGGGCAGAAGACGUGCGCGGAAGGCAGCAAGCUGCGCGUCCCCGGCGGCGGCGGCGAGGAGGCCGCGUGGCGCAAGAAAGCCCUCAACUUCCACGGCGGCGGCGGCGGCGAGAAGGGAAGCACGGGAUGGGUGAUGCACGAGUACGCGGUCACCGCCCCGGAGGAUCUGGUCCGCUCGCCCCUGAGGCUGUACCACAUCCGACGCAGCAGCUACGGGAGGAAGCAGAGCGGCGCCAUGGAGGUACCACGCGCGCUCGGCCUCCCGCUGGGCUUCCUCUUUGCUCCCGAGGACGGCGAUGUCGUCGAGCAGUACCUCCUCCGCCGCAUCCUGGGCCAGCCACUCCUGCUCGACGGCCUCAUCCUCGACGACGACCCGCUCAGCGCGCCGCCGUGGGAGCUCCUCAAGCGUAAUGGAUGCAAAGACGACGCCUUCUUCUUCGCUCUGGGGCAGGCAAGGAGCGGCAAGGGCUCGCGGCAGAAGCGGACAUGCACAGACGGCGGGUUCUGGAUCGGCGAGAGGAAUUGCGUCGAUGGCGAGAAGCUGCGGGUCCCUGGCCCCGGCGGCGGCGCGGAGGUCGCGUGGCGCAAGAAAGCUCUCAGCUUCCAGGAAGGCGGAGAGAAGGGCAGCACGGGGUGGGUGAUGCACGAGUACGCCAUCACCGCCCUGGACCACCUGGCGGAGUCGCAGAUGAGGCUUUACCGCAUCCGGUUCAGCGGCCACGGCAAGAAGAGAAAGAGGGGAGAAGCGGAUUCCUUGGCCGACGAAGCAGCUCCAGCCGAGGACCGGCGGCGUGUGGCAGAGGACGCUCUGCUCGACAUAUCAGCUUCGCUGCCCAGCUGUUCUUCUUCCAUGGCGAUGGUGGAUCACGCCUAUGGCAGUUGUCCCAUUGAUGCAGACCAGCUCGCAGCGCCGGUGUCAGUUCCAGCGAACCAGCAGGACCUCAACCCCGGCAUCACCGUCGAUACUUCUUUGGAUUUGGGCUUUCUGGACAACUUCGACAUCGACGAGUUCAUGCGUUCCCUUGGCGACUUGCCCUCAACCUCAACAGACCCGUGCGUCUUGCCAGCACUGACGGAUACGGGAGCAUAUCUUGAUGCUGAUGCUGUGGGAUCAAGCUUCUUUGGCCAGAUGGGAUCACAGUACAAUGGCGUCGGCACCGGUCAAAUGGCAUCAUCUUCUCUUCAUCGUGGCUGCAUGGAGCCUGCAGAUUCCUUCAUCUGAUGUGUAUGAGAUUGAUGGAACUGAUGACCAUUCAGAGAAUUUAGGAUUGCACCUUGCGACUUGCGAGCUGGUCUUGAAGCUCUGCCCUUCAUUUCUAUCAGCACCAUGAGCUGAUCCUGAAGUUUCAUGCUUUUCAGAGAUGCCGUUGUUACUGGGUCACAGAAAAAAAUGUUCCCGUAUUUGGUAUUCAUUACCAUGAAAGUCUCUACAACUAUAAAGAAUGAUUUGGGACACUUUUUUUUCGUUUGGCGUUCUGUCCCAUUUUAGAAUUUAGAUGUGAACAAGUAAUAUGCUCCUUUCUGAAAAAAGUUUGUUAGAGCUGCCUCUGA